AUGUCACACAGGAAGAAGGUGGUCAUCAUUGGGGCCGGCGCUGCCGGGAUGUCUUGCGCGUCGACCCUGGCCAAGCAUCCAGAUCUCUUCGAGGUCACCAUGAUCGACCCGGAGCCUCAGACGGGCGGUCAGGCAACCUCCAUCAGCUUAAAUGAGUCCCAGCAUGGAGCGAGCUGGCUAAACGACGGGGUCCAGGGUGGCUCGGCUAUUUUUCGACAUACGUUUCGCUUCUUUCGCAGCUAUGGCUACGAGCCUCAGCCGGUGAAGCUUCAAGUGUCUUUUGGCAAGGACCGGAACAAUUUCUGGACCAACGUGUUCCCCAGUGCCUUGGUCAAACAACACUCGCGGGAAAUCAAGAAGUUAGGACGUGUGCUGAGAUGCAUCAAGUAUUUGAUGCCCCUCUUGGGGAUCUUCCCAGUCAAGUUUAUCCUGAGGUUAUUUCGCUUCAGUCAUGAUUUCAGCAACAAGAUGGUGUUGCCAUUGCUAGCUUUGUUUCUCGGCACAGGAAACCAAACCCCCAAUGUAUCGAGUGUACUCCUCGAGCGUCUCUUCGAUGAUCCACAAAUGAGGUUAUGGGACUAUGAUCCUGAUACACUUUUGCCAAAUCUCCCUCUCAUGUAUACCUUUCCAAACUUGGGCAGUUUCUAUUGUGAUUGGGCGUCAGAUCUCGGCUCCAAGGGUGUGGACAUCCGCUUGAAUACCUUGGUCGCCAUACUCGAGAGGAAAACCAAGGGGAUCAUCAUUCAAACGACACCCAAUGAUCCUCACAGCCAGCCUCCGGGUGAGCCUUUGACAGAGACCUUCGAUGAGUUAGUAUUUUGCUGCCCGGCCGACGAAGCAAAGAAACUGCUUGAUCGCCACGCGACCUGGCGCGAGAAGUACGUCUUAGGAGGCGUCAAAUUUUUCAACGAUAUUACAAUCACCCAUUUCGACUCUACGUAUUUCCAGUCCAUCUUCGAAGCGCAAUAUCACCCUUCCUUGUGUGCCCAAUCCACAUCCAAGGAGCGAAGGGACCAGAUCGCAUUUGCCAAGCAACAGGCCAUCGAGAUGGGAUUCGACUGCACGAAUUAUCAGCACCAGUUUCGGGAGAGCCUUGGGGAGGGUCACCCUCCACGGCCCCUCGAGGAGCAUGUCUUCCAGACGAUUUACCUCAAUGACCAGCUGAAGGGUCUCUGGACAUGGAAUGAGAUUGAGCCCUCGAAGAUCAUCGCGCGGAAAUGGUGGCAUCAGUUUGGUCACCGAUGGCAGCAUUAUCUACGGGUUGUCCCGGGAAUGAUGUUUAUUAACGGCCAGCGUCGAACACGGUACGCGGGCAGCUGGACCAUGGUAAACAUGCACGAAAUUGCCUGUAUAUCUGGAAUCGCGGCUGCCUAUCAGCUGGGAGCGGCUUAUGAGCCCUUUGAUGACUUUGCGGAGGACUUUUUCGCCAAGUACCUGCUCGUCUGCCACGGGACUCGAUACAAAAGAAGCAAGCCCAAGCAAACAUAA